AUGGUUCUGCUCCAUUCACAUGUGCGGUCCUUUCGAAACCGAGCCGCUUUGGGCCAAAGGGACUGGAAACACCUGGUCGGUAGACUUGAGAGCAAGUCGCUAGCGGACGAUAUUGGCCAGAUACCUAACCUGAUUGGUGUCUACGCUCUUCACGCCCCUUGCAAGGCCGAGUCUGCUCAUGACGAAAUGGCCUAUGUUGGCCAAGCCUGCUCGUUAUCAGGUUUCGACUCCACUCGUUGGGGGAUUCAACUGAGAGCCAGGGGACACCUUAACGAAAUCGAUCGGCAUAAGCGACUUCAACAUUCUCAGGUCAAGGAACGCCGUAGUUGGAUCUACAAGAAACUUUCGCACGAGGACACUGAGGAAGUUUUCCACUGCGUAUUAUCUACGCUCCCUUUCCCCAGAGACGACACGCAAGAGGCAUCAUUGCACCUACCCUUUCUUUUGACAUUGAUGGAGGCAAUCGACAUGAUCUAUCUUGAAACGCUGAAUCCCCAAUCUGUCCAAACUGCCGAAGCAUGGGGAGCGAACUUCGUAUCUGAUCUCAGGCCCAAAGAGAUGCCGUGCUCGCCUUUCUAUGGUCUGAAUCAAGCACUCCCUAUCAAGCAGAAUCAUAGGCGUUUCGGAAUAUCGCUGACUGCUAAUUUGACACUCGCCGAGUGUCUUACAUUCAUUAAGACUGUCAAUGAUAAUGCGGAUCAAGUUUAUCCCGCAGGACAUGUCAUUGAUUGGGCCUUUUUGAUCUCUCGGUUGAGCGAGCAAGGGAUUCAAAGAGAUGAACGAACCAUCAAGAGACUUCAUCAGACGUUGUCCGCCCAGCGCGAUUCGGGGAUGAUGACAAAGAGGACUCGCUGUUGGCAGCGUCGCUUCGGCCGAAUCUACGAACUGAAGAGCUUUCUUGAACGAGAAAAACUGGUCGAGUCUCCGCAGGGUAGCCAUGAUUUAUACUACCAUAUUCCAAAAAUGGAAGAUCAGCCUAUGACGUCUUACCAUCUUGUCAACUUCCUUGCCGAACGGGGUUUUGACCAAAACAUUGACCGAGAAUUCCGUAUUGGAAUUUUGGACUUUCUCCCCUAUCUGCUUGAAAGAAGCGUCUGGGAAAGAAUCUCAGGCAAGUCUUGUCCGGGAAUCUCAUUUGCUCAAUGUCCAGUGAACUGA